GGGAUCAUGACGGAGUGUGCGGGGGAAGAAGGCGGGAGAGGAGGGCUGGAGAGUCUCGGUUGACAUAGUAACUUCAGCUCGUCUCCUGCUCUCCGCCCUUAGGCUUCGCUGCCACACGCGGCCCCUCCUGUGCUCUCGCUGCCCCGGCCGCAUCCUCGCGGGGUCCCGUCAGCCUGAUGCUCUCAGGUCAAGGUCCGCUUUGCUCCCCGCCAGGUGGUGACUACUCCCCGAGUGAGCGCGGCAGCCACUCGCGGAGCCCGGACCGCCGGGCGUCUACGCCCCCUGCCUCCCCCUGGUCCCCUGGGCAUCGGUCUGCCUAGGACCACUUCCGCGGAGGACGCGGCCCCUCCGCACCAGGUCCCGCUAGGACUGCGGGCGCGCCUCCCGCGGCGGCGGGGCCCAGGCCAGUCGGACGUUCCCGCCAUGAACCAGAGCCCGGCGUUCGGGCCCCGGAGGGGCGGCUCUCCCCCGGCUGCCGCCAGAGCCGGCGCGCGGCGCAACGAGAGCCAGGACUACCUGCUCAUGGACUCGGAGCUGGGAGACGACGGCUGCCCGCAGCCCCAGCUGCCUCCCUACGGCUACUACCCCGGCUUCCGGGGCACUGACAACAGACUGGCCCACCGGCGGCAGACAGUUCUCCGAGAGAAGGGGAGAAGGUUAGCUAAUCGAGGACCAGCAUACAUGUUUAAUGAUCGCUCAACAAGCCUAUCUAUUGAGGAGGAACGCUUUUUAGAUGCAGCGGAAUAUGGCAACAUCCCAGUGGUGCGGAAGAUGUUAGAAGAAUGCCUCUCGCUCAAUGUCAACUGUGUGGAUUACAUGGGCCAAAAUGCCCUGCAGCUGGCAGUGGCCAAUGAGCAUCUGGAAAUUACAGAGCUUCUUCUCAAGAAAGAAAACCUCUCUCGUGUUGGGGAUGCUUUGCUUCUAGCUAUUAGUAAAGGCUAUGUUCGGAUUGUGGAAGCAAUUCUCAGUCACCCAGCUUUUGCUGAAGGCAAAAGGUUAGCAACUAGCCCUAGCCAGUCUGAACUCCAGCAAGAUGAUUUUUAUGCUUAUGAUGAAGAUGGGACACGUUUCUCCCACGAUGUGACUCCAAUCAUUCUGGCUGCCCACUGCCAGGAAUAUGAAAUUGUGCACACCCUCCUACGGAAGGGUGCUAGGAUUGAACGGCCUCAUGAUUAUUUCUGCAAGUGCAGCGAAUGCAACCAGAAACAGAAACAUGACUCCUUUAGCCACUCCAGAUCUAGGAUUAAUGCCUAUAAAGGCCUGGCAAGUCCAGCUUACCUGUCGUUGUCUAGUGAAGAUCCAGUCAUGACGGCUUUAGAACUUAGCAAUGAGCUGGCAGUGCUGGCCAAUAUUGAGAAAGAGUUCAAGAAUGACUACAAAAAACUCUCAAUGCAGUGCAAGGAUUUUGUUGUUGGACUCCUUGAUCUGUGCAGAAAUACUGAAGAAGUCGAGGCCAUUCUCAAUGGGGAUGUUGAAACGCUCCACAGUGGUGAUCACGGUCGCCCGAAUCUCAGCCGUUUAAAACUUGCCAUUAAAUAUGAAGUAAAAAAAUUUGUAGCUCAUCCAAACUGCCAACAGCAGCUUCUCUCUAUAUGGUAUGAGAACCUCUCCGGUUUACGGCAGCAGACGAUGGCGGUCAAGUUUCUUGUGGUCCUUGCCGUUGCCGUUGGACUGCCCUUUCUGGCUCUCAUUUACUGGUUUGCUCCAUGCAGCAAGAUGGGGAAGAUAAUGCGCGGACCAUUUAUGAAGUUUGUAGCACACGCAGCCUCCUUCACCAUUUUUCUGGGACUGCUAGUCAUGAAUGCAGCUGACAGAUUUGAAGGCACCAAACUCCUUCCUAAUGAAACCAGCACAGAUAAUGCAAAACAGCUGUUCAGGAUGAAAACAUCCUGCUUCUCAUGGAUGGAGAUGCUCAUUAUAUCCUGGGUAAUAGGCAUGAUAUGGGCUGAAUGUAAAGAAAUUUGGACUCAAGGUCCCAAGGAAUACUUGUUUGAGUUGUGGAACAUGCUUGAUUUUGGUAUGUUAGCAAUCUUCGCAGCAUCAUUCAUUGCAAGAUUCAUGGCAUUUUGGCAUGCUUCCAAAGCCCAGAGCAUCAUUGAUGCCAAUGAUACUUUGAAGGACUUGACAAAAGUUACAUUGGGAGAUAAUGUGAAAUACUACAAUUUGGCCAGGAUAAAGUGGGACCCCUCCGAUCCUCAAAUUAUAUCUGAAGGUCUUUAUGCAAUUGCUGUAGUUUUAAGUUUCUCCAGAAUAGCUUAUAUUUUACCAGCAAAUGAAAGCUUUGGACCUCUGCAGAUAUCACUUGGAAGAACAGUAAAAGAUAUCUUCAAGUUCAUGGUCAUAUUCAUCAUGGUGUUUGUGGCCUUUAUGAUUGGAAUGUUCAACCUCUACUCCUACUACAUUGGCGCAAAACAGAAUGAAGCUUUCACAACAGUGGAGGAGAGUUUUAAGACACUGUUCUGGGCUAUAUUUGGACUUUCUGAAGUGAAAUCAGUGGUCAUCAACUAUAACCAUAAAUUCAUUGAAAACAUUGGUUAUGUUCUUUAUGGAGUCUAUAAUGUUACAAUGGUCAUCGUUUUGCUAAAUAUGUUAAUUGCAAUGAUCAACAGUUCAUUCCAGGAAAUUGAGGAUGAUGCUGAUGUGGAGUGGAAAUUUGCAAGGGCCAAACUUUGGUUUUCCUACUUUGAGGAGGGGAGAACACUUCCUGUUCCCUUCAACCUGGUGCCAAGUCCAAAGUCCCUGUUUUAUCUGUUACUGAAGCUUAAAAAAUGGAUUUCUGAGCUGUUCCAGGGUCAUAAGAAAGGUUUCCAGGAGGAUGCAGAAAUGAACAAGAGAAAUGAAGAAAAGAAAUUUGGAAUUUUAGGAAGUCAUGAAGAUCUUUCAAAAUCAGCACUUGACAAAAAACAGCUUGGGCACAAUAAACAAUCAAGUAUAAGGAGCUCAGAAGAUUUUCAUUUAAAUACUUUUAAUAAUCCUCCAAGACAAUAUCAGAAAAUAAUGAAGAGACUCAUUAAAAGAUAUGUACUACAAGCCCAGAUAGACAAGGAAAGUGAUGAAGUGAAUGAAGGGGAACUGAAGGAAAUUAAGCAGGAUAUCUCAAGUCUCCGCUAUGAACUCCUUGAAGAAAAAUCUCAGAACACAGAAGAUCUGGCAGAACUUAUUAGAAAACUUGGGGAGAAAUUAUCCAUGGAACCAAACCAAGAGGAAAGCAAUAGAUAAUGCAAAGACUUCCUUCGAAAUUUUUAUUUAUUUGUCCACUUGAAGCCAUAUUAUUUUCUGAUUUAUUUUUUUAAGUGCCAAUGUGCCCACCUUUUAAAGGAGAAAAAAGUUAAAUGAUAAUUUGGGUCAUCUUAUUAUCUGAGACCCCCAAUAUCUAAUAUUUUGGUGAUUAAAUUUUGUUGUUCAGGCUAAAGGUUGAAGAUUAUGAUGAAAAUGACGAUCAGUUGCUUGGUGCUUGUUUUAUAAACUGCUUUCUAGGGUAUAACUA